CCUGGGCUUGGAAAAUGCGCCAAACAACAUGGAACUAGAGGAGAAAGAGGCGCCCAACAUGGAGCAGUCGGAGCAGAGCUGACCUGUCAGUGAAUGGCGGCUCUUUAAAAUGUCAGAGAUACCAGAAGAGGACGUAUGGGAUUAUAAAUCCAUAAGGAAGGCCAAGCAGUCAAACACAAGUCCCGGGAGAAUGUCGGGUCAGCGAGAGACGCAGCGAAGAGCGAGGAAAACCCAUUCUCCAGCGAACGCAAAAAGCAAGAAGAGAAAACCGCCAUCUGCAGGAAACACAACUCCGCGGAGUCCGACAGAGGUGCCGAGUACCACCGCGGAGCACCAUGGAAGUAAACAGAACCCUCAGGCGGAGCCGUCUACCCCGAAAAUGAAAGGGUCCGAUAACAAGCAGAGUCCAAGGACCCCGACCCCAAGACACUCGGGGUACUGCCCCAGCUGCCAGAUGCCCUUCGCCAUACUUCUGGUGCAGACGCCGCGCUGGCACGUGAGCGAAUGCCUGGACUCACCAGCUGCUACAGAAAAGGAAUGCCUGGAUGGUGCGAAUUGCACUUCGACCAUUCCGUCUCACUACAGGCGGUUCACGCACUUCCAGCUGGCACAGAGCAGAGCGCUGGACGCCUGUCCUUGGGCCUUCACACCUUCCCAGCCGUUUCCCGAAUCCACCAAAUCAAAUUACUCAGGGAGAAUUCUUUGUGAAAUAGGAGAGUCUUCCGAUAAGACACAAUACAGAAACGGUGCAAAAAGCCCAAAGUCCCCCAAAUCUCAGUCCCCCACAAGCUCUCAGGGCUCGGUGAAGAGGACUUUAGACGCUUCUCCUGCCAAAAGCGUUGCUGCUCAGGGAUCUUUGUCCCAAGAAAGCCUUAAAAACAUUUCUGAGUUUUCAGAAGCUGCUACUUCUCAUCUUCAGCCGCAGAAAUCAGCCGUGUUUAGCGAUUGUGAAAUUUCCUAUUCGCCACUGAAUAGUGACGAAGAUAAGGAAAGCGUCACAAGUUCAGUAAAGAGUCCUUUCGCUAAUGAAGAGAACUUAGACGAGAGUCAUGAGGAUGCUGCGAACUCUCAGAUCCACAGAGACAAUUCAAACGCGUUCAAUGUAAAUGCCAAAUUAAAUGGCCGCCUGGUUCAGGGGAGAGAGAAUGGUAUUGUCCAGGCCGUACCAUGUGCUGCUAAUCAGCUUGCGUCUGGAGCAAUCACCGGAGAUGUUAAUAGGUCUGAGCACAGCUCACCUGCCUCUGAUGAGUUUCAUUCACGUUACCUUGAUCUUGAAAGCUGGUGCACGGAGGAUUGUGAUAACACACUAAGCAUUCCUCCUGCCCGAGUUUGUGAAGACGAGGAUCUUCGUGGAGGGGUAGUAGGCUGUGUAAGUUUGCUAGAGAGUGAAUAUCCCUCUAGUUCCCAAACACCUCGGCAGUUGCAGGAUCUGGUGAGGAUCAGUGAUUCGCAGCCCGCGACUGAAGGAGAAAAAGACAUUUUAGUAGCUUCCCAAAGGAGCGCAGCGAUGCCGUCGAGGGCAAACAGCGUAUCUACAAAGGGAAUGAAACAGAUGGAUAUUGGCGUAUUCUUUGGGUUAAAACCUAAAGCCAAAGUAGAAAAAGAAGCCGUGUUGCCGUUGAAGAGUGCAAACGGACUCGUGGAGCCUGUAGGUAAAAGGCCGGGUCAGACGAAGAGGAAGGCAGGCGGCUCUUUAGGGGAAGCAGAAUCUCUGAAUGAUAACCCUAAUCCUGCGGCAAACAGCAACCAGAGAAAGUGGGGGAAGAAAUUCAGGCAGAACUCCACUGGAGAGGAAGGAAAAGCAAAGAAAGAAUGUCCCUUCUACAAGAAAAUACCUGGUACAGGUUUUGCCGUCGAUGCUUUCCAGUACGGACAGAUUGAAGGCUGCACGGCGUAUUUUCUCACUCAUUUUCACUCCGACCACUAUGGAGGACUUACAAAGAAAUUCCGCUUCCCUAUAUACUGUAGUAAGAUUACGGGGAAUUUGGUGCAGAACAAGCUGCGCGUGGAGAAGGAGUUUAUAAAUGUCCUGCCCAUGAACACGGAGUGCAUCGUAGACAACGUCAAAGUGGUUCUGCUGGAUGCCAACCAUUGCCCCGGUGCUGUUCUGCUUCUUUUCGUCCUUCCAAACGGGACUGCUGUAUUGCACACCGGAGAUUUCCGCGCCGAUCCUUCCAUGGAGGAGUAUCCAGCUCUGAUUGGUCGGAGGAUCUAUUCUCUCUAUCUGGAUACCACGUACUGCAGCCCAGAGUACUCCUUCCCGCCACAGCAGGACACCAUCCAGUUUGCCGCAAACACUGCGUUCGAAAUGGUUACUCUGUAUCCGCGCACGCUUAUUGUUUGUGGCACUUAUUCUGUUGGAAAGGAGAAGGUGUUCCUAGCUAUCGCCGAUGUACUGGGCUGUAAAGUCAGUAUGUCUCAGGACAAAUACAAGACCAUGCUGUGUCUGGAGUCUGAAGACAUCCGUUCUCUCGUCACUACGGACUGGCACAGCACCGGACUGCAUGUCCUCCCAAUGAUGCAGGUGAAUUUUAAGGGUUUGUACAGUCACCUGAACAAGUUUGCAGGAAAAUUUGAUCGGGUUUUGGCAUUCAAACCCACGGGAUGGACGUAUUCUGAUCAGUGCAGCUCCGUGGAGUAUAUCAAGCCCGAGACCCGAGGGAAAGUCACUAUUUAUGGUAUUCCUUACAGCGAACACAGCAGCUACUUGGAAAUGAAACGCUUUGUUCAGUGGUUAAAGCCUCAGAAAAUAAUUCCCACGGUUAACGUCGGGAACUGGAAAUCCCGCAACACGAUGGAGAAGUACUUCAGCGAAUGGCUGUCGGAAGCUGCCUGUAAACCGUCGGGUAAGAAGCCCUGAAUCUGUGCUGCCCCUCUGUGGCCGGGAUAAUAACACACGACUAUCACGCUAUAAUGUGACGGCACAAGAAUCUGCCGGGGCGAAGCUUUAAACGUCUGCCGACACGGUUUACAGCGACGUUCUCGGUUUCGUUAGCAGAGGGACUUGCACCCCUUCUGUACCGAAACUUUUAUAAUCGAAGACUUGAAAUCCACUUCGGUGCAAUAAUUUUUAUCCAAACUUUGAUGGAUUGUUUUGUGAAAUUAUGUGCGGCCUGUAUAAUGUCUCCAUGUGCUCGUCGUUAUAAAUGUUUUUACAAUUCAUUGAUUUUUUUUAAACUUGUACAUUUAAAAAAAAAAAAAACAAAUUUCAUCUAAAAUAAAA